AUGAUCGGAGGGAGCGGGGGAGAAUGCAGGAGGUCGGAGGAGGUGGAGGUUUCGGUGAUCAUCCCUUGCUACAACGCGAUCCGAUGGCUGGAAGAGUGUCUGUCUUCAUGUCUGCUUCAAGACUUCCAAGGGACGAUGGAGGUUUCCAUCUUCGACGACUCUUCUUCUGACGGCUCCGACCUCUUCAUCCGGUCGUGGGAGGAAAAGUUCCGGGCCCGAGGCAUCGGGUUUGUGGCUAACGGGAACCGUUGGGAAGAGAACGAGGAUAGAGACGAGGAGGCGCCUCCUGGAGGAGUAGGACGCGCGAAGAACAAGGCAGUGGCGCAGAGCUCAGGGAAGUUCUUGUGCUUCCUGGACGCGGAUGACAUCAUGCUGCCCCACCGCGCCCCAUCUGUCGUACGCGACCCUCAGUGGUACCAGCUCCGAAAUGUCACUAUAGCCACACCGACGACCACGGAGACUGUUGCUCCUGUUACACCCACGAUCAACUUUGUGAACAUCACUCAGUCGUCCUUCUACCCUUGUGAGAACAACACCAUCUCGGUGUGCUUCUCGGUGAAUGUGUUGAUGGAUAAGACGACAGCAACUGACCUCGCUGGUGAGACCGUGUCCACGUAUUCCAACAUCUCCAUCACUGGCUUCGGAGGAGCAUACAUGCUCUACGACGGUGUGACCGGACCGACUGCCAUUACCUUCUUAUCUCGCGACUCUGAUCGCUUGAUUCUCAACGUGGAGAACCUUGGGAAUACCACCCACCACUGCGUCUCUUUUGUGGUCAAGAACCCCGAGCUUCAGGCCUGCAAGAACCUCUCUAUCAACGCGUCUUGGCAGAAUUUGCAAGGGAACAACACGGCAACAGCCAAGCUUCAGUUUCGUGAGACCACUCUUCUCAUGCCCACCUGGUUCAUCUCGCGAGAAACCUUCGAGGCCGUCGGCGGCUUUGAGGAAUCUUCACCGACAUAUGGCGAAGCAGAAGAUUUGAUCUUCUUUCACAAGUCGCUUUGCCUGCAUCUCGGUCUCCAGCUGGAGUCGUUGGCUCUAGCCGAGAGUUCAGCAGCGGCGGCGCAUCGUCGAGCUCUGGAGGGUCAGCGGGAGGGGCGGAGGGUCUUGACGAGGGUGGGCGAUGCCGGUGCCGCUGCGAGAGAGGAGGAGGAGGAGCCAACAGUGCGCGCAGACGAACCUGUCCUCCUCUAUCGCUUCUCGUCCGAUUCGCAGUCAUGGAAAACGAGCAGGCAGAAACUCCUCAAGGUCCGCGUGAAGGCGUUUGAGGAGCGCAUCCUCAAUGGCAGACUCACCAGAGCCCUUUGGCGGACCUUCACUGUGAGCCAAAACCCUCAACGUCCUCGACCCCCCUCCCUUCCCAGCAGAGAGUAUUGGAUGGAAUCGAUACUCUUCAGCCGCAAGUAG